CAGCAGCGGCUGACGUAGAAGCCGCGGUUCUCGCCUCAGACCGGGCAGGAGAACCACCGGGACCUUGAGCUACGGACUCAAUUUUUAUAUAUAUAUAAAAUACGGACAAUGAGCACGGCGGAGCAGCAAGUCCACUCUGCCGCCUGAAUGUGAGGAAAACGGACCGCAGAGCGACGGGACACCGUAAAUCUGCCUGGAUACUCCACCCAGGAACCGACUGUGGAGGAUCGAUGUGAUUCCCGGAGGAAAGUAAAACGUGUUAAAAUGGCAACCAGCGGUCGCUCCCGGACACCGUAGACAGAGAGUCAGCCGGUCUUCAGCCGGCCGAUCAGCAGAUCUUCCAUCAUGUCGGCGGCUCAGACCCAGAAGGAGAAUGGCGAAGCAGGGUGGGGCUGCCUGGAGUCUCUGGGUCUCAGUCAGAGGGAACUGGUUCUGGCCGAAGCCCUGCAGAUGGAAUAUGAUGCCCUCUCCAGACUCAGACAGGACAAAGGAGAACCCAGCCAGACUGUAUCUCCAGCUCUCAGCCAGACCCGCUCCAAGACUCCAAAUCCCUCUAUCGAGCGCCCCCUACCCACUCUGAGCCAGCCCAUUCCUGCCCCGUCUGGAGGGGGUCUUCUGAGGGGGCUCUCUGGGUCUGACUCCUCCCUGAACCAGCCUGGAGGAUCCCGGUCUCCACACUCCGUCCCAGCCAGAAUGCCCCCUCCACAAGGGGGCUACGUCAAAGAGUCCCCAUACAUCCUGGACAGUCCUGAGGUUGGCAAGUUCAGAGAGCAUGCUGGGUCCAGUUUUGGGGACUCUCUUGGAUCUGGGUCAGGGUUUCUUUCCAAAGGCCCCCUCGACCUCUCCGAUAGCAUUCCCCCUGCUAUUCCUCCAAGGAACCCCAUCCCCCUGUCGGCAGGGUCAGAGAACCCAUUCCUUCUCCCUCGAGGGUCCACCACACCCCGAGACGUGAACCUGUUCACUCCCGACGUGGACCAGCCCAAAGUCCCCUCCAGAGACCUGAACUACGACAACAUCAACGAGUCUCUGAUCCGACUCAACGAGACCGAGCCGGGCCCUCGAGCUCACAGGACCAACACCGAACAAUCAGGGAAGCCAGUAGCUCGAAGUAAGACCCUGCCCCCCCAGGUGCCCCCCAGGACCUACGCACCUGUUCUGAAGAGCAACAAAAACCAGAGACGGGUUUCUGCUGACCCGGUGUCGCUGGGCUCCAGGAUGAACGGGUUUGGAUACGAGCUGUUCCAGGUGUCAGAGGAGCGAGACGAGGAGGUGGCAGCUUUCUGUCACAUGCUGGACGUGCUGCGCUCAGCGUACCCGCACAGCGAGCGCUCGAAGAACGCCGGCUUUGUGUGGUCGGCGGCUGUGAGCCAGGAUGAGCUGCAUCAGGCUCUGGGCGUUAGCGUGAAGGUUACGAUCGUCAGCGAGCACUUCAGGGAACCGCUCGCCUUCACCUGCGAUGGCUCGUCUACAGUGGACCUGCUCAUCUAUCAGACUCUGUGUUACGCUCAGGAUGACCUGGACCACAUGAAUGUGGAUGACUACCUGCUGAAGGUCUGCGGACAAGAAGAGUUUCUCGACAACUCACAGACUCUGGCCGGUCUGGAAUUUGUCCAACAAUGUCUGAAGUUUGACUGGGACGCCCGGCUGUUUCUGACUAAGAGGUUUUCCGUCAACACCGAGUUGGCCCGCACGAAAGAGGACGAUGACACAGCGUCCUCCAUGAACCACAGCAUCCUGCUGCAGGAGCGUCCGAUCAAACAGACUGUCACCAGGGAAGCUUUGACUUUGCUCCUCGACACCUUCCAUAACGAAGCCGAGUCCUUCCUGUUGUCGGAGGCGGAGCUGCCGCUGCAUGUGGAGCGUCUCGUCCAAUCGGCAAAAGCCCUCUGCAGUUCCUUGGCUGCCGUUGAAACGCCUGAUGUGACGCAGGCCCUGAACCAGCUUCCAGCAUGUCCCUGUCGUCUGCAGCCGAAAGUCCUGAAGGAUGCCUCAGUGCUGGCUGUCAGAGAGAACAGAGAGAAAGUGGUGGAGAAGCUGACAGCAGCCAUAUUGGAUCUGGUAGAGCUGUACUGCAGCACGUUCAACGCUAACUUCCACACCACGCCACAGAGCCAGUGCUGCACUGCGCCGGUCCAGGAGGCUGGCCUUGUCACCAACGUGCUGUCCUUCAACGUGUACGCUGCUCACCGCAUCCCCAUCACCUGGGCUGCCAGUUAUGAGGGAUUCUUCCUGUCCUGCUCGCUGACUCAUGGAGGGGCGGAGCUCUGUGCGCCACAGCACACCAGCAAACAGUCGGUCAGCAAGUACCUGUUCCACCUCGUGGUGUGGGACCAGAGAGUGUGUUUCCCUGUGCAGAUAAACCAGCUGCCUCGGGAGUCUCAGCUGACAGUGACAUUGUAUGCCAGCCCGCUGCCGCCCCCUGGAGGAGCAGAGGAGAAGGGGAAGCAGCGCCGCAGCAUGGAGGCCCUGGGCUGGGUCACCAUGCCGCUCUUCAACUUUAGACACGUCCUGACGUGCGGCAGGAAGUUGUUGGGUCUGUGGCCAUCAACUCCAGGGAGUGGAAAUGCCCGAACGAGUUCACCCAACUUCAGUCAGCCAGACAGCGUCAUUCUGCAGGUGGAUUUCCCUUCAUCAGCCUUCGAGGUUCGGUUCAGCACUCCCCCUCCUGCAGACUUCUGUCCUCAGUAUACAUUCAGCAAAUUGGACACUAUCAGUCAGAUUCAGCUUCAGGACGUUCUGCACAAGAAGGCCUUCUUCUGGCUGACAGCGGAGGACAAGCGGCUGCUGUGGGAGAAGAAGGCGUUCUGUCAGGCGGAGAGUGCAGCACUGCCUCUGGUUCUGGCCAGCGCCCCCUGCUGGCAGUGGGCUUGUCUGCCGGAGAUCUAUGCACUGCUCAGACAGUGGGCAUGUCUGGGUCACCUUGACGCCCUGGGACUGCUGCACGCCUCGUUCCCGGACCAGGAGCUGAGGAGGACGGCGGUCCAGUGGAUGGACUCCAUCUCAGACCCGGAGUUGCUGGACUUUCUGCCUCAGCUGGUGCAGGCGCUGAAAUAUGAGUGUUACCUGGACAGUUCUCUGGUUCGAUUCCUCCUACGGAGAGCCAUCGGAGACUUACGGAUCGCUCACUACCUCUUCUGGCUGCUGAAAGACAACCUCCAGGACAGUCAGUUCAGCGCUCGCUAUCAACACCUGCUGGCAGCUUUGUUGUGCUGCGCCGGUCGAAGUCUUCGGGAGGAGUUUGACCGUCAGUGCUGGCUUGUCUCCAUCCUCACCAAGGUGGCUCAGAAAGUCCGUGAUGCUACGCCGUCCAGCAGACAGUCUGUCCUCAGGGACGGUCUAGAGGAGAUGAAGCAGUUCUUCUCAGUGAACAGCAGCUGCAGACUUCCUCUGAACCCGGCGUUGCUUGUCACGGGGAUCAACAUCCAGUCAUGUUCCUUCUUCAGCUCCAAUGCUGUCCCUCUCAAGUUGUCCUUCCAGAACCUGGACCCACUGGGAGACAAUAUCAACGUCAUCUUCAAGUCAGGAGACGACCUGAGGCAGGACAUGCUGACUCUACAGAUGAUACGGAUCAUGAACAAAAUCUGGAUCCAGGAGGGCCUGGACAUGAGGAUGGUCAUCUUCAAGUGUUUUUCCACUGGCAGAGGGCGAGGUAUGGUGGAGAUGAUUCCUCACGCCGACACUCUGAGGAAGAUCCAGGUGGAACACGGAGUAACGGGAUCGUUCAAAGAUCGGACGCUGGCUGACUGGUUGCAGAAACACAACCCCACUGACGAGCAGUACGACAAGGCGGUGGAGAACUUCAUCUACUCGUGUGCCGGCUGCUGCGUGGCCACCUACAUCCUGGGAAUCUGCGACCGCCACAACGACAACAUCAUGCUGAAGACCAGCGGUCACAUGUUCCACAUCGACUUCGGGAAGUUCCUGGGACACGCGCAGAUGUUUGGAAACAUCAAACGGGACCGCGCCCCUUUCGUCUUCACCUCCGACAUGGCGUACGUCAUCAACGGAGGAGACAAACCGUCCAGUCGCUUCCAUGACUUUGUGGAUCUGUGCUGUGAGGCGUACAACCUGAUCCGCAAACACACACAUCUGUUCCUCAACCUGCUGGGCCUGAUGUUGUCCUGUGGGAUUCCUGAACUCUCUGAUCUGGAUGAUCUGAAAUACGUCUAUGACGCGCUGAGACCUCACGAGUCGGAGGCCGACGCCACCAUGUACUUCACCAGGUUGAUCGAGUCCAGUCUGGGCAGCGUCGCCACCAAACUGAACUUCUUCAUCCACAAUCUGGCUCAGAUGAAGUUCGCCUCGUCUGAAGAUCGCCCCACGCUGUCCUUCGCCCCCAGGAUCCACACAGCCAGAAGCGAUGGCAUCAUCGCCAACCUCUACAUCUGUAGACACGUGCGCACCAGCAAGGGCUACGCCUUCGUGGUGAAGGUGGAGCGUGACGGUCAGAAGGACGUUCAGCUCGUUCAGAGGACGUUUGAAGAGUUUCAUGAACUUCACAGCAAACUGAGACUCAUCUUCCCCUCAUCCAAACUGCCCAGCUUCCCCAGCCGUUUUGUGAUUGGUCGUUCCCGUGGUGAGGCGACGGCCGACAGGAGAAAGGAUGAGCUGAAUGGUUACGUCUGGCAUUUGAUCCACGCCGCGUCGGAGGUUGCUCAGUGUGACCUGGUCUACACCUUCUUCCACCCGCUGCCCAGAGAUGACAGAACCGGAACCACCAGCAGCAAGCCAGCAGAGAUCUCCUGGUCUCCAGCCUCGGGGAAAGAACUUGGUGAAGUCAAACUGUCCAUCUCCUACAGGAACGACAAACUCUUCAUCAUGGUGAUGCACAUCAGAGGACUGCAGCCCCUACAGGACGGAACCGACCCCGAUCCAUACGUGAAGCUGUACCUACUGCCGGACCCACAGAAGAUGAGCAAGAGGAAGACGAAGGCGGCGCGCCGCACCUGUAACCCCACCUACAACGAGAUGCUGGUGUACGAGCGGAUCCCUCGGGGGGACCUGGACCAGAGGGUAAUACACCUCCGGGUUCUGGGCGAUGGGGCCUUCUGGGAGAACACCCUGCUGGGGGAGACCUUCAUCCCUCUGAAGAAGCUGGUCCCGGGUCAGCAUUGGGUUGACUGGCACAAGUUGGGCGGUGUUGGUUCAGACUCCGCCCACUGACUGACAGGAAACAGGAAACAAGAAAGGAAGGUUCUCCUCUGGAGGACAGAGGAACAAAGGGAAGUCCUUCUAAAUCAAAGCCGUGUGGCUGGUCCUCCCUCAGAAAGCGUGGGGGGGACGACUCUUCAGGGGUUUAUAUGUAGUUUUUGGGAUUAAAAUAUUAAUAAUGUGAAAAUUUCCAUCACAGCCCGAUGGAAGAAUACUGACUCUUUAACCUUCAACUAACUGACUCACUCCUCCAACUGUUCACUCUGAACUGUUCACACAGUAAACUUUUAACUACAAACUGUUCACCUUGAAGUUUAAAACGAACUGUUCACAACAAACUGUUGACACCGAACUUUUCACAAAGCUAUUCAUGCAGCUAACUGUUCACUCUGAACUGUUCACACAGUGAACUUUUCAUAACGAACUGUUCACAGCAAACUGCUCACAACAAACUUCACUCUGAACUGUUCACGCAGCAAAUUUUUCACAACAAAUUGUUCAUUUUGAACAGUUUAAAACGAACUCUUCACAGCAAACUGUUCACACUUAACUGUUCACACUGCAAACUGUUCAAUCUGAACCGCUCAUGCUGAACUGUUCAGUGUGUGAACUGUUCAGUGUGAACUGUUCACACUGAUGAUGACGUGAAAACAAGCUGGAAAGGAGUGAUUGUCCAGUGGAGGAAGAGGAAGAAAAAAAAGGGAAGAAGGUGAAAAAUGCAGAAGAUUGUAAAGAAACUUGAAGUUUGUUUAAUUUCAUGAACUCAGAAAGAUUUUUAAUGUUUUUUAACUUUUCUUGUCUUGAAAUUAAAACAUUGAUGAACAUGAGAUGAAGCUAACAGACAGCAGGUAGAGGAGGAGGAUGAUGAUGUUCAGCUGCUUCAUUUCCAUCUCCACUUUGUUUUUCUGGAUGUUAAAAUGGACUUGAUUAAUUUUGCGCUGUAUACCAGAGACAGUGGGGUUAUUAUGGGAUGCUGUCGGAGCUGAAUGUUGGAUUUUGUAGUGACUUCUUCACACCUGCUGCUGAUCUGAGCGCGCUCAGAACCUGAACACCUGCUCACAGAGAAAAACCAGAACAGAGCAUGUUGACAUAUCCUGCAUGAAGCAAAGCAGUACAGCACACACUGACAGACGUUGAACGCACCUUUUUUAGUCCACAUUAGCAGCAUUUGUAGUUUUCUGUCAGGUUUAAAGUGUUUCCCGAGUUUCCCAUGAUGCUCGGAGCGAAGUUGCUCUUCAGUGGGAUCAUGUUGUUGGACAAACAUCCUUCAUACUGUGAAUAAAAAUACCCAACAGACGCUGUGAAAAUAAAAACUUCUAAACUUUUUAAAGCUAACUGUUUGUGCUUCAUCAGCUGGAGAAACUGGACUGAUUCAGUGAUCAGGUUCCUUCCUGACUCGAUGGUGGUUGAGAACAGGGAGAUGCGUCACUGUUGUCAGAAGAAGGGUUGAAGAUGUAAUUCAGGCGUUUCUGGUCUGAGUUUUAUUAGCAUGGAGGUCAGCUUGUUAUAAACUUGUUAACUUUGGGUUCAGGGUCCAAUCAUCCUGAGAAUCAAGUCUGAAAUUUGACACGGAAAAUAUGCAGGAAAUUUCCUUGAUACAAACACGGAAAACACACACAGGUGACUCAGACCUGCAGGUGAUGUUGAUUCAUCAGAUCAGAGCAGGAUGAAGUGAAGGACUGGUGUGUGUAUGUGUGUGUGUGUGUGGUGACACCGCCCACCUGCUGACGGGUGAGACUGAGCAUUUGUACAGGGGAAAAUGUGACCAGUUUUUUUUUCCGCAGUUUUAACGUUUUUCAUUAUUUGCACUAAAAAAAUAAACUUGAAGCUAUAAACUAUA